AUUCUUUCUGGUCUGCAGAACUGAUACAAUACAAAAGCUAUCAUACGAACAUGCUAUGAUUGUCAUAGAACUCAGUCAUCAGUUUUGUUGAUAGUAGAACCUUUGAUGAAAUGCAUACAAGAUCACCAUGAAAGAAGGCUUUUAUUCAGUGGAAUUGAACAAGACUGUGUGGGAGGUUCCCAAACGUUAUUCAUCUCUCACUCCAGUUGGAUCUGGUGCCUAUGGGCAAGUCUGCUCUGCAUUGGACUCGGAGACUGGGACAAAAGUUGCAAUCAAGAAGUUGGCCCGACCCUUUCAGUCUGCCAUACAUGCCAAACGCACCUAUAGAGAACUCCGGAUGCUGAAGCAUAUGCGGCAUGAAAAUAUCAUUGGUCUUCUUGAUGUGUUCAUGCCUUCAGAAUCUCUUGAAGAGUUUGAAGAUUUGUAUCUUGUCACACACUUGAUGGGUGCAGAUUUGAAUAACAUCAUCAAGACUCAACGACUCUCUGAUGACCAUGUACAAUUCCUUGUGUAUCAGGUUCUUAGAGGUCUCAAAUAUAUCCAUUCAGCUGGCAUUAUUCACAGGGACCUGAAGCCUUCCAAUAUAGCUGUGAAUGAGGACUGUGAACUAAAGAUCUUGGAUUUUGGACUUGCAAGGCAAGCAGAGCAAGAAAUGACAGGGUAUGUAGCGACCCGGUGGUAUCGUGCUCCUGAGAUCAUGCUCAAUUGGAUGCAUUACAACCAAACCGUUGAUGUCUGCUGCACCUUAGACAUCCAUCAGUUGAACCUGAUUAUGAACCUACUAGGCACUCCAUCUGAAGAUUUUAUGGAGAAGAUCUCCAGUGACUCUCACAACAGGUGGAUUGCUUCCUUUUUCUGCUUUCCUUAUCUGGUGAUGAUGAAUGGAACAGACAUUGACCAACUGCUUCGCAUCAUGGCUCUUGUCGGGACCCCCAACAAAGAGCUCCUACGAAAACUGGGCAGUGAUGAGGCAAGGAAUUACAUCAAGAGCUUGCCUGCCAUGAAGAAGAAGGACUUCAAGCAAGUUUUCAAAGGUGCUAAUCCUCAAGCAAUAAAUUUGCUCGAGCUGAUGCUGGAAUUGGAUGCAGAGAAGCGAAUCACAGCUGAACAGGCUCUUGCCCACCCAUACCUUUCUCAGUAUGCAGAUCCUUCAGAUGAACCAACAUCUGAGCCCUAUGACCAGAGUUAUGAAGAUAUGGAUCUCCCUGUACAACAAUGGAAAGAUUAUGUAUAUCAAGAGGUGCUCUCCUUUGUUCCGCCUCCCUUGAACUCGGAGGAUAUGUGAUGACAGCACCAUCUUGGAUUUUGCACUGACACAUCAAAAAUGUCUCAGUCUGCAGGCUUCAGUGCAGCCCUCUGCAGUUCUUAAUUUGUGCUUGCUAAGACUUGAGGUCCCCAAGUGUGAUGAAUUUCCCUCUAUUUCUACCCUCAAGUAUUCUCAAGUGCCUUUCUGAUGUCUAUUGGCUCCAACAAGGCAGGCUUUUGCCAUCAUUUGCUCAUCUUAUGACUCCUAAGGAAUUCUUAUUUUCCUCUUUUUCUUUCAUGGGACUUGCCCUACUUAAAUGUGAAAACAGUGAAGGCCCAUGAAAAGGAUUCAGAACUACUUAAAUGCAUUCUUGAGCAUUCUAUCAGCUAUCUGAAAGUAUUAGGACCAUGGUUUUGGCUCAUACUCUUUACAAAGCUGUAUUUUCACUUUCUCGCAUGGAAUUCCAUAAAAUUUUCAUCAUUGCCUUACCAGUAUUAUCAGCUGGCUGUUCAUUGGAAUGUUGCACCACUUGUGUGUAUUGGUGAGUUGAUAAAGUUCUAAUCACUUCAAUCUCAACUCUCCAUCAUGUCUGCUAUUCAUGGACCUUCAUAAUGAUUUCAAAUUACACACUAAGCAAAAGUUGUGAAGUCCUUCAAUAUUUGCUGUGUGCUACCUUGUCUGUGCAUCAGCUCAUGCUGCAAGCAAAAAGCCUACAAGUAUGAUAUAGUAGGCUUAGUUGAUUAUGUGAUCACUAAUCAGCAUCAGAUACCUGGUAGCACUGCCAAUCUUUUGUGCAUAUAUAGCUCUGAAUAGAGGAUGUAUUGACCUUAAUAUACCAUUUGAAUUAAAUCAAAAUAUCAUUUUGGAUCUAGAUUUUCUUUUGCAGUUUUGCUAAUUGCUGCAAAUGAAUAGGAAUCAUAAAGAAUGCAGUCUAUUAGAAAGUGGCAGUGAAGAUGCAAUUGCACUGGUGCCUUUCUGAUAGGAUAUUUAGAUAGUGUUCUUGAAUCAUCUGAAUGAAUGACCAAGUAUGCCUUGCAUCUGAGCUUUCUUGAUUGUCUGGACUAUGUUGUAUGUCAAAGUGAGCUUGUUGAUUGGGUCUUGCCCAUUUGCCCAUGUUCAAUGAAAGUCAUCCCUGUCUGGCUCUCCAUCCCUACUAAUUUUUCAUGAUUCCUUGAGCCUAACAAGAGUUUUAGAAAAGUUUUUGUUGUACUCCCUAUAGCUGUCAUGUCUACCUUCUGACAUGGCUUUCUCUUAGGCAUGCAUCAUUGAGAAUUGACUAUAGAAUUUCUACAUAUCUAUUGGAUGCCCCAAGAUACAUGUCUUAUUCAGUGGGCAUUGUUGGUGAGUGCUGCUCAGAAUUCACUCUUCAAUUUCACCAUUCAGCUGGUAAAAUUAGAAUCGACUUGUGGGUACAAAAAUUUGUUUACUUAAAUGCACUAAUUUUUUAUUACUAUAAAUGAAUUGCAUGUAUUGAUGAUCCCAUCAAAUGGACAUGUCAUGUACUAAUUGUUUCUGUGCAUUUCUCCUGCCACUUUAGAUGAUCUCUGCUUCCCCAAUCAUUUGUCCAUAUUGCAAAUUGCACAAGCAAUUGCUUGACAAGUAUUGAUCUCUUUUGUCUCCUGGCAUCUUCAUCCUUGAUGCUUCUUCAGGUCCAGAGAUGAAAGGUCAAAAGAGAUAUUAGGCAAGUAAUAAGGGUGAGGGACCCUCACAAAAGGUUCAUCACAAUGUAAUAGCAUUUAUGCAGACUGCAUACCAAGAUGCAACAUCCUCUGAGGGCUUCAGAUAAUCUGCCCCUGUCAUGCAAUCUCUCUUUUUUCCCUUUUCCAGAACAUGAUGGAAAAUUCUCAAGGACAAUGAUUCCAGUUGGUGAAAGAUAUUAAUCAGGACAUUGAAGAUGUAAUCUUAGACAUGAAUAAAGCAUACAUAAAGCACUGACUGGGAGUUCUGCCAAGAAAGUGGGAUAAUCAUGUCGGACAGUGCAUGAACUGUAGGCAAAAUGGCAUGUCCGUGCUGACACAUCAACUGCAACUUAUUGAUUGUGCAUGGUAGCUCAAAAACCCACCCCCCACAUUAGCAAUCUGCCCCAACUCUGCUGGUGACAAUUUCAUUUAUAGUUUAUCUAUUCUGUAUCAUCUACAUGUGCUAUGGUUACCACAAACAUUGCUUUUUUGGAUCAAACUGAAUACUGGUAAAUGUUGGAAUAUGCUUGAAAUGUUUACCAUUUUUUGCUGUCAGUCAUGAUUUAAAGGAGAUAUGGACUUUUCCAUUUCAGUCUAUUCAUUAAACAAUUGCAUGUUGGCUUUCAAACAUGCUGAUUUUGGACUGUUCUUGUUUCAUAUAUUGCAGAUUAUUAGUUGGGUUUGCCUUUAUUCCAGAUGAUUAUGUGCUUAUUAAGCAGUGGACUCAUACUUAAAAAAAUAGUCCUGACAAUACCAUGGAAUGGAUCUCCUAAUAUAUGUAUACCAAGUGGUGGAUAUUUUCAGGAAGAGAGAGAACAGAAGAAAAAACUACGAAUAAAAACCAUUGAAGGAACAGUUGCAGAAAAUGUAUGCAGUGAGGUGCAUUGUCCUGGUGAACAUAAUUCUUUGUAAAGUAGCAAAGGUUCUUUCUUGUUCCACUUUCAAUCUCCUUUACAAUACUACAACCAAUUUACUACUUUUUUUUCUUAAUUUGAACCUUCUAGCCUCUGUCUUUCUAUUGCUUCUUUGGGGAUUCAUUUGCCCUAACUAUUCUCAAUACUGAGCUACUGCUGAUCAGGGGGAUUUCUUUUUGAGCUACCUUAUACAAAUCUUUUGAGUACAUUUACAAUUUUUAAAAAUAUACUCCCAGAAUUUGCUAGCUUCUCCACUAUCUCCCUUCACUGGUUCAUCACAAGGUUGGAAUCUCUGCCCAGCAGCUAGCCUGCAUCAAGACAGCACUGUGUGUUUCAUUUUGUGAAGUUGUUCCUGCCAGCUGUAAUCCUUAAAUAACUCUAGGAAACAAUUCAUUUUGUUUGCUCAUAAUAGGAGUUUGAGAGCAAAACAUUGAGCAUGAAACAUAUAUGAUAAACAAGCUAACUUCAUCCUGCAUUUGGAAAAGUGUUCUAUAGGGC